CUCGAAUUUUUUUUUCCAUUUUAAUCUUUUGUUUUUUUUUUGUAAUUAAAAUUAUUGAUUUGAAAAAAAAAUUUUCAAGUCAUUUUUCAACAUUAUGAAUCCAACACCCAAUAAAAUAAAUCCUCCAAGUGGUUUUGUUCCUAAUACUGGAAUUCCAUUAUAUCCUGGAGCCAGGCCAUUUAUGAUGGGUGUUCAACCACCACAUUUUAUAAAUUAUCCAUCUGUAUACAACUAUAAUUCUUUUUUACAAGCAGGUUAUCCUUAUACUGGAACACCUGGUUAUAUGCCUGCUCCUGUUAAUCCUCCUAUUCAACCAUAUCCAAUGUUUUCACAUCCAAUUUCAACUAAUCAAGUAUCAAUGGUUAAUCCACCCAAAGAUCCAAAACAACAACAACAAUCGCAAAAUACUGCUCAAAAUCAAAACGCAAUUACAUCUACUACAAACACUAAUAGUUCAAAUAAUUCUUCAAAAGAAUUUGAUCGUCAAGCAUUUAAAGAAGAACUACUUUACAAAAAUGGACGUGAAAAAGAUUGGCAUUUACGUUUGUUGGCAAAUGAUCGCAAACAAGUAGAAACUAUGCUUGAAGAAGCUGUUGAAUUACAAAUACAUUUUCAAAAUUUUCAAAAAGAAUUCAACAAAAUGUCACAAACAUCAUCAACAAUGAAUGCUGAAGCAUUACAAAAUUUUAAUCUAUGGAAUAGUUGGAAAGAAAAUUUGCUUGCACGUCGUAAUCAAACAUUUCUUUUGCAAGAAGAAAGAUUGAAUAAAUUUUAUCAAAAAGUUCGUAACAAUGUUCCAGAUAUUGUUCAACAAUCAAUAACUUCAACAUCAAUGGAAGCAGUUAAACCAUCCAAUACCGAAUCGAUUGAUUUGUCACGUGUGCAACAAGAAAGCCAAAGUCAACCUUUGCCAACAUCUUCGAUGCCAGAAACCGAUCAAAAUUCUCUUAAUUCAUCCGACAAUCGUAUAGUUUCCUUUGAUGAUCGAAAAUCUUUGACAUCAUCGAUUUCAUCCGAGAAUGAUUAUGAGUUGGCUAAAAUCGAUAAAUUUUCAGAAAAAUAUAAGCCAUCAGUUCAAAGUGCUUUGAAUUAUCAAGAAAAAAUGAAUCGAAAUUCAUUGUUUAUGUUGGAGAAUAAAAGAUUCACAAAAUCAUUGAAUGAUUUUGCUUUUGUUCGCAAUGAAAUGAUGUUCAUUGAUAAUUUGAUUUCAUUAGCCAGAUCUAAAUCUUUUGAAUAUAAAGCACAACAUCAUGAUAUCAAAUCGGAACCUGUUCCAAUUAAACAGUCACCAAUAAAAGAAUCUCCAUCGGCAAUAAAUCCUAUACAAAAAUCGAAUACAUUGUCAUCUAAUGUUUCAACUUCAAAAUCGAAUCCAAUUUCUGUUCAUACAAGCUCUAAACCGAUUCCAGUGUCCAGUUCUUCGACUUCUUUGUCAAGACCGACACGACAUAAUGAUUCGUCAGACUUGUCACAGAAAAAAAUAAAUCCACAAUAUUCAUUAAAACCUGAACCAUUUGAUCAAAUUCAAACAAUCAAAAUUCAAAUCACUCAUCCUGGUCAACGUAAAGUUACUAAUGAUAUAAAGAUUAAUAAAAUUGAUAAUAAAACUAAUGAUGAUACGGUAAGUUUAGCGACCAAUAUUCCAACAAUCGAAGCAACAACGAAGUUAACAGCUACAGUCUCAUCCAAUUCGAAAGAUCAGCCUCGAACUAAUAAUAUUCAAGUUCCAAUCGUAAGCAACGAUAAUGACCGGAAUCGAAAUAAAACACCGAUAAUCGGUAAUAGACCUUCAAAUUUAUUGCCCAAACCGCCUGCUUUAUUAUUGUCUGCGCCGAUUUCUUCAACAUUACCCAAACCGCCGUCUACUUCAAUAUUGCCAAAACCGGCAUCAAUAUUGCCGAAACCUUCUUCAAUGUUACCGGCACCGUCUACUCCAAUAAUACCCAAACCUGUUGUUUCAAUAUCGGCACCAUCUACUUCAUAUUAUAUGCCAGGAACACAGCCUAUUUUUGACCCAAAAAGCAGUUUGCCUUCUCAAACAUCAUCACCAAUAUCAAAUACAUAUUCUAAAAAUGAUAAACCGAUUUCGUCAUUUUCUGUUCAAGAUAUGAACAGUUUCAUCCGAAAUGAACAAAAAAGUCUUCAAGAAUUUGAAUCACCAAAACUUUCACAUUCAUAUGAAAAUCCGAAUUUUUUUACAUUACCAAGAAAAUAUUCUGAAGAACCAUUAUCCAUAAAAGAUUUGCUUGAUUUUCCAGGUCGAUCAUAUCGUCCAUCCAGAAUUGUGUUCAUUAUUCGUGGCUUACCCGGAUCGGGAAAAACUCAUCUAGCACGAUUAAUUAAAGAAAGAGAAGAAAGCAAUUCUCAACUGACUAAAAUACGCUUUUUAAGUAUGGACAAUUAUUAUCUUAAUGAACAUGAUGAUCGUGAUCAUGAACGGUUCCGCAAUGAUAACGGAUCAUUUCGUGUAAAAACCUAUGAUUUUGAUCCAGACAAAGAAGUUCAAUUUAAAUAUAUGUUGUUUAAAGAUUUUCGUGAAAUUACAACUCAAGGUUCUUAUAAUUUUAUUAUACUUGAUUCAGUAAAUUCGGCCAUCAAUGAUGUUCGUCAUUUUUAUGCAUGUGCCAUUGAAAACAAUUAUAUUCCUUAUGUAAUCGAAAUGGAAGCUAUCGUACGACGAUUAUUAAAUUAUUGUGUUGAUAGUGAAGAGAUUAUUGCUUAUUGUUAUAAGCAUAAUCAACAUGGACGUUCAUUGGCUGAAAUUAGAUCUCUUUAUAGUGAAUGGCAAAUACUUCCCGAUGAUUAUCUUCGUGUAAAUGCAUUUCCAUUGGUAGAAAAACAUUCCGAAAUUAUUGAAUCUUCAUCAACAAGAAUCAUAGCAGAAGAUAAUGAUCUAAUCAAAAUAAGGAUUUCAAAUCAAUCUACACCACCAAAUCCUUAUUCAAAAUGGAUGGAUAAUUCUCCUAGUCAGGCAACGUCAUCAUUCUCUUCAUCAGAUUAUUAUCAACAACAACAACAAUCGAAUGAAAUGAUACAAAAUUAUCAUCAUUCGAAUUUUUCAUCAUCCACAUCCGUAUCAACAGCGACAACAACAACACCAACAUCCGCAUCAUCAAGACAACCACGUUUCUGUGAUAAUGAUGAUGUGGAUGAUUUUGAAAGCCGAAAUAAUCGAAUACCAAAAAGGUCACGUUUUGAUGAUGGAAAUAAUACAAUGAUUGGCACAGAACGAUGGAAUGAAAAUAAUAAUAAUUUAUCAUAUCCACAUCAAUCUACUAAUAAUUAUUCUUCGACGUACUAUCAUGGUGCUGAUCGAAGAUAUCAUUGAGAUAAACAAACAAGAUUCAAUUUUGUAAUUUGUAAAACAAAUAAUUUU